AUGGACGCUGGUAGUCACUCUCCAGAAAAGGAGAUUGAAGAUGUAAAGCUCCUUGUGGAGUCACUGGAAUACCAGAAGGACGAUUCCUCUCAACAACAACAGGCUCUGAAAGUACUGGCUGAAAUUCUGUCGAAGAAUAAAAGAGCUCAAGACUAUUUGUGUUCAUCAAAUGGCAUGGAAUACGUCCUCAGUCUGUGUAAAACUAUGACGAGUCCCACUGUUGUGCAGUCAGCUCUUUAUACAUUGGCCAUGGCUGCAGAAGGAAAUGAUUUUUGCCAAAGAGUUCUGACAAAUAAAAGUGUGUUUAACGUGUUGCGGUGUAAUUUGCAAGCCAAAAACAUAAAGGCUGCAAUGACCUCAGCCUUUCUGGUGAUGACAAUUUGUACCCAAAACUGUAACGGACAAAAUCUUGCACGGGAAACAAAAUGUUUACAUAGUCUUUGUGAUCUGUACAAGAGCUGUCUUCCAAUACAUCGGCUUUCAACCUCUACUGGUGAUGAAAGUGGUAAAAAGUGGUUUGAUAACCUUGACAAAAAUUGUCUUCAGCUUUGGACUGCAGUGGUUGUUGCAUUGCAUUCCCUUCUGCAAAACCCACAAAAUGCUCAAAAUCAAAGACUUUGCUGUCGGCUGUUUCCAGCGAUAGUAAACCUAUUGCUUUUAGUAACUGAGCAGCAUGAAAUUCUGCAGCCAACCAUAAGCCUCUUAGCAGCAAUUGUCUCAGAGAAUGCUGAAUGUCAAUCUAAGGUGCGACUACUUGGAGGCUUGCGUGCUCUGGUCAUUCGACUAAAACAGGUUGUGGACCUGAAAGAGCAUGUUGAACAAGACAUAUUGUUUAUGGAGCGCGUCGUCAACACUUUAGGAUCUAUCAUAGCAGGACACGUGAUCUGUCAGGAUAGUGCAGCAGACCUUGGUCUUGUGACUCUGCUGUUGAAGUGUUUCGCCGUCAUAAGUCAAGCUACUCGCGUUGAUGAUGCGGCUGCUAAGCAGUUCAAAACUAAGUGCAUAUUAGCACUGUCCAUCUGCAUUGAUCAGAGUGAGCGGAAUCAACAGCUAUUGAGAGACGGAGGAGGUGUAGAGGCUUUGAUUGAGCUCCUGACCAAAGAACAGGUACCUGAGCAGCAACAAACAGCUUUGUCGAUAAAGGAUUUAAUUUACGGUGUUAAGUCUGAAGAAUUUAGAAGGGUUGCGAUUUUCAUUCUUCAUUGUAUCACUGGAAAAUCAAAAGGUGAACAAAAGCCACUUUCUCGUGUGGAAACGAAAGAAGUAGGAGAGCAGUGCUCUUUUGAAAGUACUUUAGAAAACCACUUUACCCAGGUUGUAGUGAGCCCUACAAAGGAUGCUCAAACGCAAACCUCUUCCCGUACUACAGCUGGACAAUACGAUACCGACAUUGGAGAUGAUAGACCCUCUGAUGAAGUGUCACAAGAAAAUUUUCGAAGACAUAGGACGAGUACACCUAGAAAGAGACGUUCUGUGAAAUCCACCAAGGUGUUGAAACCUUUCGCAAGGUCAAAAACUACUCAGUGGAGAACGAAACACCCAGAGAUGGCAAUGAAAACUAAACCAGAUCAGACUUUUGUUACUCCGGGAACAUCCAGCCCAAGUAGACAUUUGGAAAAGUGUGAAGCGUGUGAAACUGUCCUGAACAGCAGGAACUUUUUGAAAACAUUAAGACGGUGUUCCAAUCGUUGCUCGUAUCACCGCGGAUUAGAUCGUUGUUUGCGACGGAUAAUCAGUGACUUACAAAAGCAAAAGUAGCUAGUGCCGAUUCCACUCAUCCAUGCAUGUCUAUUCCUUUGCUUAGAACUAUUUGAGCCCUACAAAGAGCUUGUUUGAUUUUUCUAUUUAGUUAUCUAUAUUCUUGUCUACUGUAACCACUCACUUCCAGACUACACUAUUUCAUCUCGUCUGUAGUGAAUCGUACACGAUUAACUUUUUAGGCUGGGAAACAAUAAAUAGUCUUUUUAGUGAA